UUCAUCAUAUUCUUUCUUCUUCUAUAUCAGAGCCAAAGCUAUCGUAAAAUUCUCUUUCUCCGUAACAAUGGCGGAAUACGACUUAACUCCACGCAUAGCUCCCAAUCUCGACCGACACUUGGUCUUUCCAUUACUUGAAUUUCUUCAGGAUCAAAGCAUUUACCCCGAUAAGCAGAUCCUCAAGUCCAAGAUUGAGCUUCUCAACAAUACUAACAUGGUUGAUUACGCCAUGGACAUCCACAAAUCUCUUUAUCAAACUGAAGACGUUCCUCAAGAUAUGGUGGAUAGGAGAGUUGAGGUGGUUUCUAGGUUAAAGGCUUUGGAGGAUGCGGCGGCGCCUCUUGUUACAUUUUUGCAAAAUCCAGCUGCGGUUCAGGAAUUGAGGGCUGACAAACAGUAUAAUCUUCAGAUGCUUAAUGAACGUUAUCAGAUUGGGCCAGAUCAAAUAGAGGCAUUGUAUCAGUAUGCUAAAUUUCAGUUCGAGUGCGGUAACUACUCUGGCGCUGCUGAUUAUCUUUACCAGUACAGAGCUCUGUGCACAAACAGUGAAAGGAAUUUGAGUGCUUUAUGGGGAAAGCUAGCAGCUGAAAUUUUGAUGCAAAACUGGGAUAUUGCUCUUGAAGAGCUUAAUCGGUUGAAAGAGAGCAUUGACUCAAAGAAUUUCAGUUCACCUAUGAAUCAGGUGCAAAGUAGAGUUUGGUUGAUGCACUGGAGUCUCUUCAUAUUUUUCAACCAUGACAAUGGAAGAACACAGAUCAUUGAUCUGUUUAAUCAGGACAAGUAUCUAAAUGCCAUUCAAACCAAUGCUCCCCAUCUUUUACGCUACUUGGCCACUGCUUUCGUUGUUAACAAGAGAAGGAGACAAAACUUUAAAGACUUUAUCAAAGUUAUUCAGCAGGAGCAACAUUCUUACAAAGAUCCCAUCACAGAAUUUCUAGCAUGUGUAUAUGUCAAUUAUGAUUUUGACGGUGCACAGAAAAAGAUGAAAGAGUGCGAAGAAGUAAUACUGAAUGAUCCUUUCCUAGGAAAGAGACUCGAAGAAGGCAACUUCUCAACGGUACCAAUGAGAGAUGAGUUCCUUGAAAAUGCCAGACUAUUUAUCUUCGAGACUUAUUGCCGAAUCCAUCAGCGCAUUGAUAUGGGAGUCCUUGCUGAGAAACUAAACUUGAACUAUGAAGAGGCUGAGAGAUGGAUCGUCAAUCUUAUCCGAAACUCAAAGCUAGAUGCUAAGAUUGACUCUAAAACAGGAACUGUAAUCAUGGAACCUUUUCAACCCAAUGUCUAUGAACAACUGAUAGACCAUUCCAAGGCAUUGUCGGGGCGUACUUACAAGUUAGUCAGUCAGGUUCUCGAGCACGCUCAAAAUCAGACACAAGUUGCCCGGUAGUCGGUGAUUUUUAGUAAGAUUUGAACUCGGAGAUUUCCAAUCACUUGAGACCUCUAUUAAAAAUUCUUGCUAAACUAGCAACAGAUUUUGCUUUGUUGUAAGACUUUUAGUUUACUGUUUGUGGCUUUUGUCUAUGGAGAACUUAUUUAUUAUGUUAAUUUUUCCAACCUUUGUAAUGCAGAGAGCAAUUUAUUUUAGUUUUCUUCAAUUUUGUUCA